AUGCAGGACGAGGGACUUCUGGCGGAACUCAUGCUAUUUUCCCUCCCGCCGACGCAGGUCGCGGUGGAGAAGUUGUACUACGUGGACUGCAGACCCGUCUCCCAGAUAAGCGGUAGCGGUCCUGUCGAGUUCCACAUUUCCGGUCAGAGCAGCGAUUACAUAGCGCUUGACAGGAGCCUAUUGUACGUGAAGGCACGCAUUGUUAAACAGGACGGCACGCCCCUCUCCGCCAAGGAACAGACUGCAUACGUCAACUUGCCGCUUCAAACUCUUUGGGGUCAAGUCGAGGUAUCGUUGCAAGGGAAGCUACUUUCGCUGAAUUCGGGUAAUUACGCCUAUAAGGCGUACAUACAAACACUGUUAAACUACGGGGUCGGUUCUAAAAAGGGUCAGCUCACCAGUCAACUCUACUAUCAGGACACGCCCGGCAGUAUGGACGAGACAGAUCCGGACGGUGGUAAUACCGGACUAUUCGAGCGGAAUGAAUUCACUAAGAACAGCGCUACGCUCGACAUGGUCGGCAGACUGUGCGAGGACGCCUGUCAUCUCAAUCGGUACAUAUUGAACGGAGUCGAUCUCGACAUUAAACUCUAUAGAAAUAGGACUCCGUUCGUAUUAAUGUCGGGGGUCCAGAACCCGGAUUACAGGAUCGAGCUACAGGAGGUCAUGUUCCGUCUUUGUCGUGUCCAGGUCAACGCAGGCGUGCUCGUCGGUCACAACAAAGCCCUAGAGUUGUCUCCGGCCAAAUACCCUUUUACAAGCUCUAAUGUCAAGGUCGCCACGAUACCCGCGAAUCAGUCGACAUUUAUCUGGGACAAUCUCUAUCAAGGCAAACUACCCUCGAAGGUUAUCGUGGGACUGGUGGCGGCCGAAGCCUAUGCGGGUUCAUACACUAGGAACCCAUUCAACUUUCAAUCGUACAAUGCAUCGAGCGUUGGUUUGUUUGUAAACAACGUCAGUGUACCGUAUCGACCCCACAAAUUGGAGUUCGCCAGCAACGCCCAGUGCUACGUCACGGCCUUCCGUAGUCUCUUUGAGGUUGCCGACAAGGCCGAUCUCGAUACGGACAAUGCCCUCGACCGUGACGACUGGCCGCGUGGCUAUGCCUUGUACGGCUUUCAGUUGACCCCGACCUUUGGCGAGGACGAGCACCUCUCUCCUAGUCAAAACGCGGACGUUAGACUGGAGAUUACUUUUACCAAUACGCUGACGGAGACUGUCUCCUGCAUAUUGUACUCUGAAUUUGACGAUGUCUUUGAAAUAGACCAGACUCGUAACGUCAUAGUAACUUCCAAGUGA